AAUGCAUGACAGUUAAAAAAUUAUUUUCACGACACAAAAAAGGUAGGUAAAUAACAAGUUUUGCUUUGACUUCAUCCCCCACGUAGGUAAUGCACGUUUUAAACAGAACAAAUCCAAAGCAGCAGAUUCGUGCUCCAGGCACUAGGGUUAGAUACCUAACCAUAUCAGUGUUUUAAACAAAUUAGUGUACAAAUACUUCGCUAAGGGUAUUGGUAGCUAAGACGGCUUUAAGUGGCGAAAAUAUAUUCUUUCUGACCUAAGUCUUAUUUAUAAUCUAUUCUAUUUUUUUAAUCGUUUGAUUCAAAACUAAACCCAAUUACUAAUGGUAAACUACCAAUUUUUUUUUCUGUAGCCCUCUUAACAGUCCAGGAUCUCCUAGCUAAUGCACUUGAUUUCUUCUCAAUUGCAGGCCCUCUUUCUGAUCAGCGCUUUAACACAGGAAAAACACUGGGAUGCUUCAGAUGCAUUCCGUGACGCUUCUGAAAAGAGCUCAGCCCCGGCUCGCCUGCUCCCCGGGUCCAAGCCCCGCCCGCCUGCUCCCCGGGUCCAAGCCCCGCCCGCCUUCUUUCCGGCCUCCCAGUCCUAGGAGCCGGGCGCCCACCCUCACCCCUCCUUCCUCUCCCCACCCCCACCCCGGGGCGCGGGCCUCGUGGUCAGCGCAGUCGCGGGGAGACAAAGGCCGCGGCGCGGGGGCUCAAGGGCACUGCGCCACGGGCCCGCGCUC